AGAAAACCACUUGUGUUUAAGUUAGUGGUGUUCGGGCCGUAACUACUCGUCCACUCAAUGGCCUCGUCUCAGUUCGGAUGGUUUGACGCAUUCCGUGAUAACGGCGGACCCGUGUUAUACACGUCUCCCAAUCGGACGGCAGCCGUAGAGGACGUCCGCAAUGUCUUAAUUUAUAUAACAUUCAGCACACUAUUCAUCGCUUUCCUCAUAAUUUUGCCCGGAAUUCGCAAAGAGCGGUUGUCCACAUUCAUAUGCGUCACCAUAAGCUUAUUUGUUGGCGCUGUCAUAUUGAUUGCCAACUGUGGCACCGCAUGGCAUGUGGCCAAUGCCUCCAUCUCUAGUCCCUACCGAGCCUUUUCUAAAGAAAAGAUAUUCGCAAACAUUGGUGUUAAAGUUGGUCUUCAAAGUGUUAACAUUACAUUAAAAGCGCGACCGAUUCAUAGGAGACAUGAAGAGAUCGAUUAUAACGAAAGAUUUUAUUGGAUCGGACCAACUGAAAUGAAACAAGAGUUUCAAACAGCUUUGGCUAAAGGACUGCCCUUUUCUAUACUAACUAUCGCUGAAUAUUUCAGUCAAGACGGAGAGGGAUUUUGUUGGGGUCGUAGCUAUCGAUUGGCCGGUUAUUAUGCAAACAUAUUGUUGUGGAUUGCAUUUUCGACAUGGAUUUUGAUGAACAUAUUGUUGUGUGCUGUUCCCCGAUAUGGGGCUUAUACUAUGCAAGUAACUGGUGUCCUAAUGCUGUUAACCAAUGCUAUCUAUACAUUAUUACUGCCCCGUAAGCCACUAGUGAUACCAUUUGAAGGGGAAAACCUAACGUUCAGUUAUGGCUGGUGUUUCUGGAUUGUACUCAUCGCAGGUGUGACAUCAGUAUUGGUCGGAGCACUGGUCACUAUAGUGGACACACUGUUUCCUAAUAAGUUUUCUACAAUACUUGAGGUCGACUACGACACACCAUACAGAUAUUUUGUGGGCAAUGACGCCCAUUUAAUUGGUGCACCCAUACCUACUGCAAAUGACUGUUCCCAUACAACAGUCUCAAACACAAGCUCGGGAGCUACCGAAUCAACGGCAUGUUGUGGUCAGACACUCGGCAGUCAAGCAAAUGGUCGGGUAGUGUCCAAAACAAAGAGCGAUGCCUCGACAUCUACCACACCUGAAGUAGUGAACCAACAAAACCAAAAGACAGUCGCUGUCAGCGAUUCUACAGUCAUAACCACUGCCAAAGUGGAGGCCAAUAAUGGCAUUACAAACAAUGGAUAUCAGAAAACUGAUGACGAGGACAGUGAUGUCAGUACUACUAUYAUCGAUGGCAAGAGAGCUAUAUCUUUGAAUAAUUUCGGCAAAUUUGCGGCACAACAACAACUCAAAGAGCAUAAGAGUAAUGCCAUAACAUUAAGGCAUAAAACUUUUGAUUUUUACUAUUAG